AGGAAAACACUUGAGAGAGAAGCUGAUGGAGCCUUCGAGACGGCUAAAAGGCCAUAAAGCCACCGCCACCUGCUGUAUUGCUUCCCGGGACCGCCCCGGCCUCGUUGCCACCGCCGGCGAGGAUGGUUGUGUGUGCUGGUUUGAUAUGAGGUGCAAAGAUGUUUUAUUUGUGAUGGAUGUAGGCAACCAUAACCCCAUUUCAUCUCUCUGUUUCAAGCCAGGGAGUGAAGACCUGGUUUAUGUUUCCAUUGGAAGUGAAGUCAAGUGUUUUGAUGUUCAUAUGGCUGGUUCAUGGAAGCCAUUGGAGAGUUACUCUUAUAACAAGGAUGAGAUAAAUCAGAUUGCCUGCAACUCAAAGUCAUCUUUCCUAGCUGCAGCGGAUGAUUGUGGUGAUGUGAAGAUAAUUGACAUCAGGCAGCAUUGCCUUUAUAAAACUUUAAGAGCUGGCCACUCAAGCAUUUGUAGCAGUGUUCAGUUCCUUUCUUGGAGACCCUGGGAAGUAAUUACUGGUGGUCUUGAUUCAAAGCUUGUGUUGUGGGACUUCUCAAAGGGGCGCCCUCAGAAAGUGAUAGACUUUGGAACACCUGACAUCGCUGAUGGAGGUAAUGUUGGACAAUGCUUGAAUCCUGCUUUUGUCCAUUGCCUGGCAGUUCCUGAUAUUGAUAUGGUAGAUAAGUUGGGCAAGAUCUGUGUUGUGGCUAGAGGUGAUGGUGUUGUAGAUGUGAUAAAUAUUGAAUCGGAACUUGCUGCAGCGAAGUCCAAAAAUUCAUCUAAACCUAAGAAAGGUACAAAGUCAGUGUCAGGAAGCAGUGCUUCUCCUGCUCCUGCUAAUCCUCCAAAUCUUGAAAAUGAAAGGAGGUUGCAUUUGGAUCACUCUUUGGGAGGGCAUACUGCUGCUGUUUCCUGUGUGACGUUUUCAAUGUUUGGGGAGAAAGGUAAAUUUGUAAUUUCAGGGGGCAAUGAUAAAUCAGUAAAGUUAUGGGAUUGGUCCAAAUCUUUUGAUGUUCGUCCAGGCAGCGGCAGUAGUGAUCUUCUAUGUAGUAAUUUCAGCUUGAGCAGAAAAGUUAACUGGCUCUGUACUACGCCGAUGGAUUCAGAGAACCUAGUUGUUUGUGACACAUCCAGAGUGGUCAAGGUUUAUUCUGUUACGAAGAUGAUGGAGUCUGGGGUGCCAAUAUGCAACACUUGUGGUGAGCAACUUGGACUGAAUUCAGAUGGUGAAGUGUUUGUGGCUUGCCAUGAAUGCCACUAUCCAGUUUGCAAAUCUUGUUUUGAGUAUGAAAUCAAGGAAGGAAGAGCUUCGUGUUUGCGCUGCGGCACUCCCUAUGAUGAUAGCUCACUGAUGGCAGAUGAAAAUACUGAAGAGUCUGGAAAGCAUACUACUAUGGCUUCUCGUCUCAGUAAUGAUCAGCAGGAUGUUAGACUUCACGCAAGAAAUAUUAGUAGUGUUUCCACGGUUGACAGUGAAUACCAUGAUGAAUCUGGCAAUCCAAUCUGGAAAAAUAGGGUAGAAAGCUGGAAGGAAAAGAAGAGCAAGAAGAAAAAAGCCACAAGCAAGCCCGUAAAAGAAGUUCAAAUUCCCGUAGAGCAGCAGAUGGAAGAAAAAGAACAACAAUUGGCAGACGCUUCACAGCCACUUUCUCAAGUUGUUCCAAUACCUAAAACUCAACUGACCUCGUACAGAAUUGUAAUUAUAAUGCGGCUGGUCAUUCUGGGCCUUUUCUUCCAAUAUAGACUGACGCAUUCAGUGGAUAGUGCGUACGGUCUUUGGCUUACUUCAGUUAUUUGUGAGAUCUGGUUUGCUUUUUCUUGGGUGUUGGAUCAGUUCCCUAAAUGGUCCCCAAUAAACAGGGAAACAUUCAUUGACAGGCUAUCUAUGAGGUAUGAGAGAGAGGGAGAACCACCUCAGCUUGCUGGAGUGGAUUUCUUUGUUAGUACUGUUGAUCCUCUGAAAGAACCUCCCCUGAUAACUGCCAAUACUGUUCUUUCAAUCCUUGCUGUGGACUAUCCAGUGGAUAAAGUCUCCUGUUAUGUUUCUGAUGAUGGUGCUGCAAUGCUAACAUUCGAAUCCCUUGUUGAAACUUCUGACUUUGCAAGGAAGUGGGUUCCAUUUUGCAAUAAGUUUCAAAUUGAACCACGAGCACCAGAAUUUUACUUCUCGCAGAAGUUUGAUUACUUGAAGGAUAAAGUGCAGCCUUCUUUUGUCAAGGAACGGAGAGCAAUGAAAAGAGAUUAUGAAGAGUUCAAAGUAAGAAUAAAUGCUUUGGUAGCCAAAACUCAAAAAACUCCAGAGGAGGGCUGGACAAUGCAGGAUGGAACGCCUUGGCCAGGAAAUAACACACGUGACCACCCUGGCAUGAUUCAGGUUUUCUUAGGAAAUACUGGUGCCCAAGACAUAGAAGGGAAUGAACUUCCUCGACUGGUUUAUGUUUCAAGAGAGAAGAGACCUGGUUAUCAGCACCACAAGAAGGCUGGUGCUGAAAAUGCUCUGGUAAGGGUGUCUGCAGUUCUCACAAAUGCGCCAUACAUUCUCAAUCUUGAUUGUGAUCACUAUGUCAACAAUAGCAAGGCCAUUCGAGAGGCAAUGUGUUUCUUGAUGGAUCCACAAGUUGGCAGGGAUGUGUGUUAUGUCCAGUUCCCUCAGAGGUUUGAUGGCAUUGAUAAGAGUGACAGAUAUGCUAACCGAAACACAGUUUUCUUUGAUGUUAACAUGAAAGGGUUGGAUGGCAUUCAAGGACCUGUAUAUGUGGGUACUGGUUGUGUUUUCAACAGGCAAGCACUUUAUGGUUAUGGACCAUCAUCUUUGACUAGUUUACCUAAGGCUUCUUCAUCUUCAAGCUGUUGCUGUUGUUGCCCUCGUAAGAAGCAAGCAAAAGAGAAAGAUCCUUCAGAGCUUUAUCGUGAUGCAAAGAGGGAAGAUCUAAAUGCUGCCAUCUUUAACCUUAGGGAAAUUGAAAGUUAUGACGAGUAUGAGAGGUCAUUACUCAUCUCCCAAGUGAGUUUUGAGAAAACUUUCGGCAUGUCUUCUGUUUUUAUCGAGUCAACCCUAAUGGAAAAUGGAGGAGUAGCUGAGUCUGCACAUCCAUCCAUACUGAUCAAAGAAGCAAUUCAGGUUAUCAGUUGCAGUUAUGAAGAGAAGACUGCAUGGGGUAAAGAGAUUGGCUGGAUUUAUGGUUCAGUGACUGAGGAUAUCUUGACUGGUUUCAAGAUGCACUGCCGUGGAUGGCGAUCAAUAUACUGCAUGCCCUUAAGGCCUGCAUUCAAGGGAUCAGCCCCAAUUAACUUGUCUGAUCGAUUGCAUCAGGUCCUGCGAUGGGCCUUAGGAUCUGUGGAGAUUUUCUUGAGUCGACAUUGUCCUCUGUGGUAUGGAUUUGGAGGAGGCCGUCUUAAAUGGCUUCAAAGGCUUGCGUACAUUAACACCAUUGUCUAUCCCUUCACAUCUCUUCCUCUGGUAGCAUAUUGUAUAUUGCCUGCCAUAUGCCUCCUAACAGGGAAAUUCAUCAUACCAACGUUGUCAAAUCUUGCAAGUGUUCUGUUUCUUGGCCUCUUCCUUUCCAUCAUUGCAACUAGUGUACUUGAACUGAGAUGGAGUGGUGUAAGCAUCGAAGCAUUGUGGCGUAACGAGCAGUUUUGGGUUAUUGGAGGAGUAUCUGCCCAUCUCUUUGCUGUCUUCCAGGGAUUCCUCAAAAUGCUUGCAGGUAUCGACACAAACUUCACAGUUACAGCCAAAGCAGCAGAUGAUACAGAGUUUGGAGAGCUCUACAUUAUCAAGUGGACAACAGUAUUGAUCCCUCCAACCACCAUUCUCAUAAUCAACCUGGUUGGUGUUGUUGCUGGAUUUUCUGAUGCUCUCAACAGUGGAUAUGAAUCAUGGGGACCUUUAUUUGGUAAAAUCUUCUUUGCAUUUUGGGUGAUUCUUCAUCUCUAUCCUUUCCUCAAGGGCAUGAUGGGCCGCCAAAACCGAACUCCAACCAUCGUGGUAUUGUGGUCUGUGCUAUUAGCCUCUGUCUUCUCUCUUAUCUGGGUAAAGAUUGAUCCAUUCGUCAGCAAACAGGAUCCUUCUAACCUUUCUCAGGGCUGCAUUUCCAUUGACUGUUAAGCUUGACAUGCUUCUUGCAAUGCAAGUUAAAAGUAUUUUAGCUGUCGCUUCAGUUUAAGUGGGAGCUUUGUGUUCAUCAAUCAUAUCACAUGCGAACCUCAAAUCUUCAGCAGCUUAUAUAGAUUUUUGGCUUCAAUUUUGAGCUCCAGAGAAGCAGGUGAAGGUAACAGGAAGACUCUACUUGUAAGAAUUGUUUUGAGUGUACAAAAUGUCUGUAGCACAUGAAAAUAUCAAAUGGUUUCAAUGUAUUGGGCUGAAAAUGGAAAACAAGUUCUGCCUUCAUUAUGAAGUUAAUGUUUGUUGAGGAACAGGGUUUUGAACAUCAUGUUGUUGCUAGGUGAGAACUAGUCUCUUCACUACGUAAAGGAGAAAGAAAGAAAUUAUUAUGUAUGUUGCUUGGCUUUUAUACUU